AUGCACAAUUUUGGAGAAUCGGAACCCGAGAGUAAAAGCAACAACAACAACGAUCAUUCAACGGUAGAGGAUUCAUCUUCGAACUCGAAGACUGAAUCAAUAAAAACAACAACAACAUCGGUUGUACCACCAUGUAACUGUACUCGGUUCUGUUUUGAAGAUGUAGUUACGUUGAAGACCACGAGAACGGACCUAUCGGAAACCUCUCACGACAAACAUCAUCACCAUAAACACCAUCCCGAGAUGAUAGUUGGUGUUGUUCAAAAAGUAUAUGGCUCACUUGAUGAUGAUAGUGAUGAAGAGGAUGAAUCGGACGAUGAUGAUAAACUUCCCGAACUUGAAAAAGGACAGGUCGUGGUAGAGUGGGACAGCGGAACCAAGGAAGUCGUAGCGGAGAAUACAUUAAGCUUGAUUGAUCGAUCGUUACUUCAUGGAGAUAUUAUUUGCUCUAUCAGUGAUCCUUUCAAACAGAGUGGAACUGUUAUUGAUGUGACCAUGUAUUGCGAUAUUAGCUUUAUGAACACUAUAGAACAAUCUCUCACAGGAGCAUCAUGCAGAGACAAUGCAGUCAAGAUGAAGAAUGUAAACUCAAAAUGGCUAAAACCUCUUCACUAUUACAAGACUGGCUCCUACGCAGUUUAUCAUGAUUGGUUAACAAAAAUAGAAUCUUGUGAAUUUAAUGUGGCAAUUUUAUUUAAUGAUGGAUCGAAAUGCAUUCUCAAAAGACCUAAUCCAGAAAAAUUAUUAGAUACAGACAUCGAAGAUGUGAGUCAGGCUUUCUAUCCAUGUCAACUCAUUAAUUUUAACACAAAACAAAGAAAACGUAUUCUCAGCCAAGCUCAUUGGUUGAAUGGAGCGAAAUAUAAUUCCGAAAAGCACAAGAUAGGACAAGUCAUUAACAUUACACCCGUACACGUAUCUGUGUCAUUUAUUUAUUCUAUUUACAUGAUGGUGGAACCACCUGACGAGGAUAUUAAUUUGAAAGACUUGAAAAUUUUCAAAUACUUUACUUAUUCAAAUUGGAGUGUGAACGAUGUUGUGCUUUUAUCAGAAAACAAUGAAGUUCACAAUUUUGUUGAAAUUGAUGAUUUUGAGUCGCAAUCAAUGGACAUUCGAGAAAAAGUGGUCGUUAUCGAUAAUACACACACCAUGGUCGAUGUUGAAUGGCAAGAUGCAACCAUAGAGAAAGACAUUCCAAGUAUUAUGCUUCAACCAUUGGACCAUGUUGGAGAAUAUGACUUUUAUCCCCACGAUUUUGUUGUAAAUAAGAGCGAUGAAAACGAAGAAAAAGCCAUACAGCACAAGGUCGGCUGUGUACAAAGUGUAAAUACCAGAGAGAGAAUUUGUAAAGUGAAGUGGAUUACAGACGAAUUUGGUAUACCUCUCGAUAAUCCAAUCACAGAGGAUCUUUCAAUUUUUGAUCUCUUAGACUCUACAGAUUAUUGUUACCGAUUGGGAGACGUGGUUAUUCAAGAAAUGGCUUCAUCUGAAAGUAAGGAUUGGGCAGGAGAAAUUAUAUCCAUGAAUGACGAAGAGCUGACUGUUCAAUGGAUCAGUGGCACAGUUUCGAAAUGUGCUUACAACUCGGUGCUCACUGUUGAAAAAAUUGAAGCUGAUUUUAGAGAUGACGAGUCCAAUCCGUAUAAUAUUGAUCCUGAGAAAAUUGAAGGAUCAGAUAAGGCAGCAGAAUUUGAGAGAGAAUUGGCCUUAGCAAAUCGGAUUGCACAGAGAAUAUCCGACAAUGGAGAUGUCCAAUUGGUGCUACCGCCUCAUUUAAGAGCUCGAUUGAAUCUGAAUGAUGACAGUGAUGAGGAGGAAGAUGACUCUGAUGAUGAAGAGAAUGAGUCCUGGGAAACUGUGUCUGGUGAUGCCAAUGAUCACGAGGACGAUGAACAGUCUUGGGAAACUCUCUCAGAUGAAGAUCAACAACAACAACAGGAUGAGGAGACCUCCAAAAGUACUGAAGACGAUGACGAUGAAGACCUCUAUGAGAGAGGUGUUCAAGAUUACAUUCACAGACUGAUCCAAUUAUCGAAUGACAUGCGAGACCGAGAAGGAAAAAUCACAUACAAAUCCUCGUCAUCAGAGGAGUAUAUUAGAACGAAUGAGGAAGAGAAGAUUCGAGAAGCACGCGUCGAUUAUAGCUCGCCACCAUUGAUCCAACCAUUGGCUGCAUCUGAGAAAGAACCAAUAAGUUUACCAAGUGAGGAAGCAAUCGUAAGCUUCUCGACAGCAAGCGCAUCGUCUUCUUCGAACACAACUCAUACCCUCGAAUUUGAACAAUUUGAAGUGAUUCCAGUUCAAGAAGGUUCUGACAUUCUAUCAGACCAUCAUUUUCGAAAUUAUCAAUUUUCACACAAUGCCAACAAGAAGUUCAUCCAGACCGUCCAAAAAGAGUGGCGUUUAUUGAGGACUCUUCCUAAAAACAUUUUUGUCAAAACCUACGAAAAUAGAAUUGAUUUGAUGAGAGCAAUGAUCAUUGGAGCUUCCGGAACACCAUAUUAUGAUGGCGUUUUCGUGUUUGAUAUUUAUUUACCUCAUAACUAUCCAAGUGUGCCUCCAGUAGUCAAAUUUUUCUCUUACAAUGAAAAGUUGAAUCCAAAUUUGUAUGAGAAUGGAAAUAUAUGUUUGAGCUUAUUGAAUACUUGGGAAGCUAAACAUGACACGGAAGCAUGGAACCCAAAAACCUCAAAUAUUUUACAACUGUUAUUGAGUAUUCAAGGUUUAGUUUUAGUUCCAGAACCUUAUUUCAAUGAAGCCAAUUACGACCGUCACUUGCAGACCAUUGAAGGAACGAACAAUAGUAUUAUUUACAACGAAAACGCAUUGCUGCUCUCCGUUCGCCACAUGAUGAAGAAUUUGCGACAUCCACCCAAGCAUUUUGAGACCAUAAUUAGAGCUCAUUUCAGAGAACAAGGACCUAAAAUUAUUGAGAGACUUGUGAGAUAUCUUGCAGAAGAUGAAAGAGCGAAUAACAGCACGAGUAGCGACAGUAAUGGUGUAUCCUCUAUUGGAAACUUGAGUAGCGAUGUCAGUUUCUCUGCUCAGUCAACAACUUUGUCGUGUGACUCCAAUGGCCUGAUGAGGCAACCAAGUCAAGGUUUUCUUCGAGUUCUCUCACGUGUGAUUGAAAAGUUUAAGACACUAUAUGCAGAAACAUUUCAAGAUCAACAUUCGAACAAUUAA